UACAAAUAAUAAACUGUCUUCGCUUAUCAGUAACCGGCCUAAACACAUAACUGUCUUCGAUCGUAAACAUCAUGGCACCCCGAACGCAAAACCGAUCGUUUCAGUUUUGAAAACAUGUCCAUGAGGUUGGUACUGAUUACGCUGGCUGUUCUCGUUUGCGCAGCCGCAGUGGGUGGAUCUCCGCUGCCCUUCGAUAGUUCCUCGCAAUCGCAGGAAAGCGGGGAGUUCAUCGAAUCCCUUGAGAGACAAUGUUUACUGCGUACCGGUUCCGCCGAUACGUUUGAACAGUUGGUGGUCGGAUUUGCUUUCGUUCCGAUUUGCAUCGCCGGGCAUCUCGAUUUCGAUGGACUCAACAGUGAUCUCGGCGGACUGGACGAAACCAACCGAGUUCAGUUCUUCGAUACGUACUGUCCUCAGGUGAACCAGUCCUUGCAGUGUAUCAAUCCGGUGUUGGGACAGCUGCGAAAAUGUUUCGAGGGCGAAGAGUUGGGAGUUUUGGACAUUCUCAUUAACAUGUUACCGGAGGCGGUGAAUCUGAUCUGCAAGGAUCACGGAGAGAUCUUCUUCAGACUCGAGGGACCAGAAUAUGAAAAAUGCAUGCAGAAUUUCGAAGGCUAUGCGGUGGAAUGCUCUGGCAAAAUCUCAAACGCCACCGAAGCCCUAGAUCUGUCCAAGUUUGGUGAGGAGCAUUGCCGUGAAUUGAGCGAUUUCCGCACUUGUAUUGCAGAUAAACUCGAAAUCUGUAAGGCACCCGGCAUAAUUGACCUAUUUGACCUGUUCUACAAACCGGUGGUGAAAAGCACUUCUUGUGUGAAGUAUAUCAACCUGGAUGAAAGAAACGCUGUAGAGACUAAUGAAAUAUAACUUAUGAAAAAAAUAUAUGCUUAUCAAAUCUAA